UGUAAAUUUUUUUUACAAGAAUACAUAUCCAUUAAACUCUUACUUAAUUAUCAUAUCUUCCAUUUUUUUUAGAGGAUCACAUCUACCACUUAUUCUCUCUAUUUAGUUAUUUUUUCUUUUUCUUCCCAUCUCCAAUUUUCACCACAUUUUUGGGCGGCGGAAUAAACACUAUUCCAUUUUCUAACCUAAAAACAUAAGCCUACAACUUGUAUUCUGUCUACUUAUUGGGUUUAGGGUUUUGCACCUUCUAAAAAGUCCUUAUCUUCCUCGACAAUCCAAUUAGGUAGUAGAGUACUUACUACUUGAGAGAGAGCCUUUUCCUGUAACGUGUUUAAGACUGAGACACAAACUCUCAAGAUAUUUAGUUUCUUUCCAUUUUCCAACAAAGUUCAAAAAAACCACUUUUCCCAUACUUCAAAUACCUUCUUCAACCAAGAUUUUUUACUUAAUUUUCAGCUGAACCAAAUGAGUUCAAGCUGCAGAAGAACCUGUGGAUUCAAUUUGGACUUCGCCAAAUCUUCAUCCACAUCAACCCUAACUUCACCCACCUCCUCUCCUUCUUCAACAACAACCUCGGAAACCACCAACUCUCCCCAAUCAAUAAUCUUCAGGAAAAAACCUCGAACCCUCCGAAAGCGACCGAAUCAAACCUUCAACGAAGCCGCCACACUCCUCUCCACAGCACAUCCGAACCUCUUUUCCACUAAAAACCUAAAAAACCCUGAAAAGUUCACGAAACCAAUUAUAACCGAAUAUAACGACUCGUCUGAACCUUUAUUACUCUUCAGAGAUUACGAAAACAACGACAACGACAACGACGCCUUCUCUUUCCUCCUUGAAAGAAAACGUAGUUUCCAAACGGAGCCUAACAAAGCCUUCUUCAGCGUGCGAGAGAAUAUUAAUAAGCCAUGCGAACUAAGCACCGAAGUGGUGAAUUGCGACAAAUUGGAUUUGGAGAGUGAAGAGUUCGAUUGCGAAUCGAUGCUCGACGAGGAAAUCGAGGAAGGAAUCGAUGGCAUCAUGCGGGGAAGAACAGUUCAAAAAGAUGAUACUAAUUGCACUGAGGGUCACAUAGGACUGAAACAAAGGUCUCAGUCACCGUUGUAUCAUCCCUCGUGUCACUGCGGUGAUGGAGGAAAGUUCGGUUGGGUGAGGACUCUCCGGCGAGUGGGUGAGGAUGAUGAUACGAAGUGGUGGAAUUUUUGUGUGGUUGAUAUGCUUCAAAUCUCGCCGCGGAUGAAGCACGCUGCGGCGGAGGAUUUGGUUCCGGCAACCACCACGACGACAACGAAGAAGAAGGCAAAGAAUAAGAAAAACAAGAAGGAUUUGGUGAAGGAAUUAUUACCGGAGGAGGUGGCAGUGAGUCAGGGCUUGCUGUUGAAAUUGAAUUACGACGACGUUCGGAAUGCUUGGUCGGACCGGGGGUCGCCGUUCGCCGAUGGUUCGCCGGGAAAUGACGUCACCCUAAGCUGCUCGUCUCUCGCCCGCGAUUUGAAAUCUAAAAGAAAAAAGGUCUAUUUCUUCGUGGAUGGAGGGAGGAGUAAGAAAAAAAAGUGGGCUACGCUAUAAAGAAAAGAAGCAGAUCAGGCAUCAGUUUUGGGUAGUCAACGCACAUCAACGGCCCAGAAUGAAGGCACGAUUGAGUUGAAUUGACCAUAUUAGAAAAAUUUUGAUUUGUUAGAAAAACAAGAAAAUUGUAGUAUUCUCUUUUGUUUCUUUUCUUUUCUUUUCUUUUUCUUUCCUCGAGUUAUUACAUUCACCUAUGUAUAUAUUUGAGUAAUUAAUUACAGGAUCCAUGAGAUUUUUACUUGUUAUAUUCGACAUCUCUUUGUUUUGUAACCUUUCAAUAAAAAUUCUUA